ACUUCAUUUGCGACCUGUCGCUUGUUGACUUUGCAUCUGUUUCUCUUAUUUUCUGUUUUUAACAGUGAUUUGCUUCUGUUGGUAUUAGUUAUUGUUUGUUGUGCAACCUUAGUGGGGCGACCAUUAUGUCGCGAAUUAUCAUUCUUUUGAUAGCAUCUGCCACUUUAUUUCAACUUGUAAGAAGUGAAGGAUAUUUUACAAUUGUUGGAUCAAAGAUUAUUCGUCCAGAUACUGAUUAUCAUUUGUCGAUCACAAGCCAAGGUUAUAAAGAACCAACAACACUUAGUGUUAGUGUGAAUGGAACAGAAGAUAAUGGAUCGGAAUUUCUUCAAUCUAAAGAAGUCACUUUGAUUAGUGAUCAGACACAAACACUUGGAUUUGAUCUUAAUAAUCUUCGUCCAGGCGAUUACAAACUCAACGUCAAAAGUGUGACAGGCAAAUACUUCGAACGAAGUGUCUCUUUAGACCUCAACACUAAAAAACAUUCAAUUUUCAUUCAAACUGAUAAGUCAAUCUACAAACCGGCUGAUAAGGUUCAGUUUCGAGUACUCGUUUUAGAUUCAAACACAAAACCAUUUCCAGCAUCUGAUGUUAAAGUUCAUAUCACUGAUGGCGGUAAAAAUCGCAUCAAACAAUAUUCUGAUGUAAGAUUAAUCAAAGGCGUAUAUCAGAAUGAACUUCAGUUGUCUGAUUUACCUGUGAUGGGUAAUUGGAUGAUUCAUGUCAAGGUCAAUGAUGGUGAAGAAGUUACGAAAUCGUUUGAAGUUGCUGAAUAUGUCUUGCCGAAGUAUGAAGUCAUUGUUGAUUCUAAUCCACACGUCACGUUCAAAGACGGAAAAAUUCGUGCGACAGUACGUUCAAAGUACACAUUUGGAAAGCCUGUAAAAGGUCAAGCGACUGUUUCUGCUUAUCCAGUUCUUUGGCUUGGUGGUGUUCAACCAUUCAUUCAAGACAACAUCGUGAGAAAAGUUAUUCAAGUUGAUGGAAAAGGAUCUGUUGAGUUUGAUAUUAGAGAAGAGUUGAAGAUUGAAGGUGAUUACGAACGCUACAUUAACAUUGAAGCAAUUUUUGAAGAAGAACUCACUGGACGUCGUCAAAACGGUUCGACUCAAGUGACAAUUCAUAAAUUCAAAUACAAUAUGGAACUUGUCAAGGAGUCAGAUACUUACAAGCCUGGCCUUCCUUACAAUAUCUUUGUCAAAGUUGCAGAUUAUGAUGGUGCACCGUUAAUCGACAAAGUCAAUCCCGUGAAAGUCUUCACCUCCUACGCAUGGAAUGAAGAAGACAACGCGACAUCAACAGAUUAUUAUCUUGACAAACAUGGAAUGGCGGAAGUCAAAGUUAUUGUGCCAGUCAACACUUCUUAUUUAUCAAUUAAGGCUAGAUAUUUGGAUUCUGAUUUCCAUUUGGGAUACAUUAGUCAAGCAAAAUCAUUUAGCAAUCAAUAUUUGCAAGCUAAAAUUGUGACUGACAAACCAAAAAUAAAUCAAGAAGUGUCCGUUGAUGUUAUGGCUACGGAAGAAAUGAAUCAAUUGACAUAUCAAGUGCUUGGACGUGGUGAUGUCAUCAUAUCAAGAACACUUCAAGUUCCCAACUCGAGAAGCUUCAAUUUCAGAUUCUUAGCUUCAUUUGCAAUGGUUCCAAAAGCAAAUCUGGUCGUUUAUUAUAUUCGUGAUGAUGGAGAAAUUAUUUCGGAUAAAUUAAAAAUUGAAUUAAGUGACGAACUUCAAAAUUUUAUCGAUAUCAAGCUGUCGUCUGAUGAAGGGAGACCAGGCGAUCAAGUUAGCAUCACUGUCAACACGAAGCCGAAUUCCUAUGUCGGUUUAUUAGGAGUUGAUCAAAGUGUUUUGCUGUUGAAAAAAGGCAAUGAUAUUGAGAAGUCUGCGGUCUUUGAAGAACUUGAGAGAUACAACGAGAAGACAAGAUGGAAUCGAAGAUGGCACGGCGACAACUACGUACACACUGACUUUGAAAGUUCUGGCGCUGUCAUCAUCACAAAUGCCAAGGAAGAAAUUCGUGAUCAUUUGGUCAUUCUUCAGCCAUUAGCAAUUGAAGCUUUUGGCUUUCCGGGACACGAAGAAAUUCAAGAUGAUCCAAUGGUAGCUUACAAAGCCGAAACAGAUGAUCAACCGGAAAUCAGGAAAGAAUUUCCUGAAUCGUGGAUUUUUGACGACAUUCAAGAGUAUAUCCCAAAGUUCUGUCAACUUGCUUGCGAUGUCAAAUAUUUUAAAUUGCAUAUGUGCAUGUGCCGCUACGAUCAAUACAAUCCAUCAUUAAAUGAGAUCAAAAAUAUCGAAUCACAAUACUCGACCAUUCGCACAGACGUUGGUCCACCAAACUUGUUUAAAUUUCAUACGAAACCCCCAUUAGCCGGUCCUUACGCAUUUAGUCGCAUCCCAAGGCCACGAUGGGAUCAUCCUCGUAUUUACUUAAAACACGGCAUUGAAAGCACUUGGUUGUUCAUGAAUUCAUUCUCUUCUGGCUAUGAAGGGACAACGACUUUAAGUAAGAAAGUUCCAGACACCAUCACAUCGUGGAUAAUCACGGGAUUCUCAGUCGAUCCAAUUACUGGCCUUGGACUCACCAAACAACCGUCAAAGUUCAACGUUUUUCAACCUUUCUUCGUGUCGACCAACUUGCCAUAUUCAAUCAAACGUGGAGAAGUUGUUGCAAUUCCCAUCGUUGUCUUCAACUACAUGGAAGGCGAUCAGAGAGCUGAAGUGACGUUCUUCAAUGAAGAGAAAGAAUUCGAGUUUGCUGAAGUCAAUGAUGACGAGAAUCAAGUUAAACGCCGAAAGCGAGCGAUAGAAACACAAAGAAAGAAGAACAUCAAUGUGAAAUCUCAGAGUGGAACUUCAUUGUCAUUCAUGAUUCGUCCAUUGAAAGUUGGACACAUCACAAUCAAAGUUACAGCGAAUUCUGCAGUUGCUGGUGAUGGUGUCGAGAGACAAUUGAUUGUCGAGCCUGAGGGAGUCACACAAUACAAGAAUGAAGCAGUUUUCAUUGAUCUGAGAAACAAUCCCGAGUUCAAGACCAACAUUUCAAUCACAAUUCCACCAAACGCCGUUCCAGACUCAACGAGAAUCGAAGCUUCAGCCAUCGGUGACAUUUUGGGACCAUCGAUUGAUAACUUGGAUAAGUUGAUAAAACUUCCUUACGGUUGUGGCGAACAGAACAUGUUGAACUUUGUGCCAAACAUUGUCGUCUUAGACUAUCUGACGACACUCAACAAACUCACACCAGAAAUCGAAUCGAAAGCUAAGAAAUAUAUGGAAUCUGGUUAUCAACGUGAGUUAGGCUAUAAACAUGACGAUGGGUCGUACAGCGCAUUUGGGAAGAGCGACGAUAGUGGCAGCACGUGGUUGACAGCUUUCGUCGCGAAAUCCUUCCAUCAAGCUUCCAAAUACAUCAUGGUAGAAGAAAGCAUUAUCAAACAAGCUUUAGACUUCCUUGUGAGUAUCCAAGCACAAAAUGGAAGUUUUCCAGAAGUUGGUCACGUUUCACACAAAGAUAUGCAAGGCGGAUCAUCGAAAGGCAUCGCAUUGACAGCUUACACUUUGAUCACUUUCCUUGAAAACGAUAAAUUGUCGAAGGAAUAUCAAGAAACAAUCGACAAAGCUCUAAAUUAUGUUUUUCAUAACUUAAAUAAUCUCGAUGAUAGUUAUUCACUUGCGAUUGCUGCCUACGCACUUCAGUUAGCUAAACAUAGUGGAAAAGAUUCUUUGCUUUCGAAACUUGAACAGACAGCAGUGAAUGAAAAUGGCAUGAAAUACUGGGAGAAAUCACCUCCAGAGGAAAACGAGAAGAAAUUGUGGUAUCACCGACCAAGCACUGUUAAUGUUGAAAUGUCGGCUUAUGCACUUCAAGCUUUUGUUGAGGCUGGAAGAGAGACUGACGCUUUCCCUGUUAUGAAAUGGCUUGUUACACAACGUAAUGAAAACGGAGGAUUCCAAUCGACACAAGACACCGUCGUUGGUCUUCAAGCUCUAUCAAAACUUGGUACUAAAGUUUACGAUCCUAUCAUUCAAUGUGAUAUUACAGUGAAAUAUCACAAUGGAGAGAAGAUGUUAAAUAUUAAUGAGAAAACUGCUUUGAUUCUUCAGAAAUAUGAACUGUCAUCAGAUGCUAGAAAUUUCGAAGUUACUGCUAAAGGCAAAGGCGUAAAUAUUCUUCAAUUAUCAUACAAAUACAACAUGAACGAGAAUGAUGAAAAACCUCGUUUUGUGUUGGAACCUGAAGUUGAAAGCAUUUCCAAUAAAGAGUUUUUGCAACUCAAAGUCUGCACAAAUUUUGUUCCUGACGAAUCAUCAGAAAAGUCAAAUAUGGCUGUAAUGGAAGUUUCAUUGCCUAGUGGCUUUACUUACGACACUGACGCUUUUCCCGAACUACUUUCAACUCGUAAUGUCAAGAAUUCAGUUUAUUAUGAUGCUUUAAUGUCUUAUACUUCCACGCAUAAUGCAACAAUUUCGAAGAAAGUUCCCGACACAAUCACAUCGUGGAUAAUCACGGGAUUCUCAGUCGAUCCAAUUACUGGCCUUGGACUCACCAAACAACCGUCAAAGUUCAACGUUUUUCAACCUUUCUUCGUGUCGACCAACUUGCCAUAUUCAAUCAAACGUGGAGAAGUUGUUGCAAUUCCCAUCGUUGUCUUCAACUACAUGGAAGCCGAUCAGAGAGCUGAAGUGACGUUCUUCAAUGAAGAAAAAGAAUUCGAGUUUGCUGAAGUCAAUGAUGACGAGAAUCAAAUCAAAGUUCGGAAGCGAGCGAUAGAAACACAAAGAAAGAAGAAUAUCAUCGUGAAAUCUCAGAGUGGAACUUCAUUGUCAUUCAUGAUUCGUCCAUUGAAAGUCGGACACAUCACAAUCAAAGUUACAGCGAAUUCUGCAGUUGCUGGUGAUGGUGUCGAGAGACAAUUGAUUGUCGAGCCUGAGGGAGUCACACAAUACAAGAAUGAAGCAGUUUUCAUUGAUCUGAGAAACAAUCCCGAGUUCAAGACCAACAUUUCAAUCACAAUUCCACCAAACGCCGUUCCAGACUCAACGAGAAUCGAAGCUUCAGCCAUCGGUGACAUUUUGGGACCAUCGAUUGAUAACUUGGAUAAGUUGAUAAAACUUCCUUACGGUUGUGGCGAACAGAACAUGUUGAACUUUGUGCCAAACAUUGUCGUCUUAGACUAUCUGACGACACUCAACAAACUCACACCAGAAAUCGAAUCGAAAGCUAAGAAAUAUAUGGAAUCUGGUUAUCAACGUGAGUUAGGCUAUAAACAUGACGAUGGGUCGUACAGCGCAUUUGGGAAGAGCGACGAUAGUGGCAGCACGUGGUUGACAGCUUUCGUCGCCAAAUCCUUCCAUCAAGCUUCCAAAUACAUCAUGGUUGAAGAAAGCAUUAUCAAACAAGCUUUAGACUUCCUUGUGAGUAUCCAAGCACAAAAUGGAAGUUUUCCAGAAGUUGGUCACGUUUCACACAAAGAUAUGCAAGGCGGAUCAUCGAAAGGCAUCGCAUUGACAGCUUACACAUUGAUAACUUUCCUCGAAAACAAGCAACAGCUUCCAAAUUAUCAAAAUGCGGUUAACAAAGCUUUAGAUUUUCUCGUCAGAAGUUUCAAUACACUCGAUGAUAGUUAUUCACUUGCAAUUGCGGCCUAUGCACUUCAAUUAGCUAAAUACAGUUCCAAGGAUGCUUUCCUUUCAAAGAUCGAUACAAAAUCUGAAAACAAAAAUGGCAUGAAAUAUUGGGAAAAACCAGUUCCAUUGUCAGAUGAGAAAAAUCCUUGGAACUCCCAACCAAACUCAAUAAAUAUUGAAAUGUCAGCUUAUGCACUUCAAGCUUUUAUCGAGAGUGGUCUUGUAAGUGAUGCAGUUCCUAUUAUGAAAUGGCUUGUGACACAACGUAAUGAAAAUGGAGGAUUCCAAUCGACACAAGACACUGUCGUUGGUCUCCAAGCUCUAUCAAAACUUGCAGCAAGAAUUUUUGUGCCUAAUAGUAAGAUUGACAUUUCAAUGAAGUAUACAGACGCAGCUGCAGCUAAUUUGAAUGUCAACAGUGAUAAUUCUUUAAUACUUCAAAAGUAUGAACUUCCAUCAACUGUUCGAGAUAUUGAAGUCACUGCUAAUGGACGCGGAUUUGGAAUUCUUCAAUUAUCGUAUCAAUAUAACAUGAACGUGACUGGUGCAUGGCCACGUUUCGUUUUAGAUCCACAAGUCAAUCGACUCUCUACGAAAGAUUUCUUGCAUCUCACAGUUUGCACCAGUUUCGUUCCUGAUGAUAAAAAUGAGAAGUCAAACAUGGCUGUCAUGGAAGUUUCAUUUCCCAGUGGAUACACAUUUGACUCAGAUACGAUUCCUUUCAUAAGGGACAUAAAAAAUGUUAAAAGAGUUGAAACCAAAGCUGGUGACACAGUUGUUGUAGUUUACUUUGACGACAUUGAUAAGAGAGAACUUUGUCCCGUUUUCAAAGCAUAUCGAACGCAUAAAGUUGCUAAGCAAAAGCCGGCGCCUGUCAUCAUCUAUGACUAUUAUGAUAACUCACGUCGAGCAACUCAAUUCUACAGAGCUAAGAAAGCUGAUCUCUGCGACAUUUGUGAAGGAGACGACUGCGGCGAAACUUGUAGAGUUCAAGCUGAAAAGCGCAUCUCAGAACGUUCUCAAAAGAGUGUAGUUGAUCCUUUUGCACAGACAACUGAAACUAAAGGUCAAGCUAACAAAAUUUCUAGUCCAUUGACCGUCUUUAUCAAAGUUGAAACUAAGGACGGAGAAACAAUGAUUGUCGUAUAUUUUGAUGAUUUAAGUAAAGAAAAGGUUUGCCCACAGUUUAAAGCUUAUCGCACUCAUAGCGUGGCCAAACAAAAGCCGGCUCCUAUCAUCAUUUACGAUUAUUACGACAAUUCUCGUCGUGCUACUAGUUUCUAUAAUCCUCCAGAAAUAUCAUUGUGUGAUAUUUGUGAUGGUGCUGAAGAAUGCAAAGAGGACUGCGAACAUCAAGAAAUCAAUGUUGUUUGAAAUUAGUUUGUGGAUUUUAAAUACUUAAAUGUUUCCAAGAAAAUAUCUUUCAUGAUUGUUUUUUUAGUUCGCCACAAGUUUUGUGUAUAAAUUUAUAUUAAAUAAAAAGAAAUUAAUUGAAUUUAUUAAAUUUAAAUUCUGGAACUCCUUAAACUCGA